GCCAUGGCGCUCGGCCUGGGGGAGCCCGGCCCAGAGUCCGUGGCCGCCUCGCGCUUCCCCGCCAGCGGCGGCGGCCACCCUGGCCACCGCGGCUCGCAGGGCUGGCAGCCAGCGUGGCAGGACGAGCACCAGCAGCCGCAGGCCUGCCGCCGGGCCCAUGCCCAGAAGAUGCGGGAGCUAGAGUAUAUGCGGCUGAUGGGCCAGGGCCGAGACCGGGGCCGGCAGCCGUGCUGGUCGGCCGCGGAGCCGCCGGAGCGGCAGGGGCCCCGGGCGUGGAGCCAGCAGGACC